AUGCAAAGUGGAUUUGGAAUGUUGGAAAUGGGAUGCUCACACAGAGGUCACGAAGUAAACAUCAUGCUGAAGAAUGUCUUUGACGUUAUUUUUGGUGGUUUGGCAUACUACAUGCUUGGCUUCGGGAUUUCGCAUGGUUCUCCAUCCAACUCCUUCAUGGGACUUGGCGACUUCCUGGUGGACAGCAACCAGAAUGACCAAACUCUUUCAGGGCUUCGCUUCAGCAGUUACAUUUUUCAAUUUAGUUUCGCUGCCACCUCCACGACGAUUGUGAGCGGCUGUUUGGCCAUGCGAUGUCGUUUCAUGGUCUACUGCUUUUACUCGUUCUACUCGGUGGUGAUGUAUGCCUUUGUGGCACACUGGGUUUGGGCGGAGAAUGGCUGGCUCAAAGAAUUUGGGGCUCAUGACUUUGCGGGCAGUGGCCCGGUCCACAUGUUUGGCGCCAUCAAUGGCUUCAUAGGUAUCGUGUGCCUGGGCCCGCGGCUAGGGCGCUUCGACGGGAGCCGUCCAGGGCAAGAAUUCCAUGCCUCAUCUCCGGCCAGCAUUCUGUUUGGGCUUUUUAUGCUUUGGUGGGGUUGGAUUGGUUUCAAUUGUGGGAGCUCCUUCGGCAUUACGGAAAAGAAGUGGCUGGUGGCCACGCGUGCCGCGGUGACCACCAUCAACUCGACUGCGGGGGGCGGCAUGUCAGCCUUGAUCUACACCAAGGAGAUCGCUAAUGGCAUUCUGGGUGCCUUGGUGUCCAUCACUGCAACCUGCGUCCAUCCCUUCGAAGCUCUGGUCAUCGGCUUCGUGGGCUCCAUCAUCGCCCUCCUGACCAACGACCUGGUCGAGUUCCGGCUGCGCAUCGACGACCCCGUGGGCGCCAUCGGCGUGCACGGCUCCGCCGCGAUGUGGGGCAUCCUGGCCGUGGGGCUUUUCGCGGACACCGCCCUGCCCGGCAUUCAGGUCGACAAUGGCCUUCUUCGGGGCGGCGGGUUGAGAUUAAUGGGCGCCCAGCUGGUUCUGAUGUUGGCUAUCUUGGGCUGGUCGCUGGUGGUGGUGACACCCUUCUUUCUGCUGGUCGGCAUCGCCUUCAGUGGAGACUGGCGUGAUUUUCGUCGGGGCUUACGUGUGGAUCCUGAGCAUGAGAUCUCCGGUUUGGACCAAGCCUAUCAUGGAUUCUUGGCAUCGAUCGCAGGCGUUCAAACUGCGGCCCUCUUCUAG